CAAAACUCUCCUAGCCAAACCAGUUUUGUUGAUUUUUGAAGAAGUAAAAUAUCAAAGAAAGUCAACAAAAAUAAAAGUGAUCGUCUCCUCCAUUAAAAGAGAGAUAAACAAAAACAAAAAAUGGCUUUUCAAGAUUUUGACCUCAUUCAAGAACGCGUAAACGCUGACAGAAAACGUAAAUUCAGGAAGAAAAUCACCAUUGGAGUUGUCUCUACGCUUGUUGUCGUUGCUGUCAUUACAGGAGGUGCUUUUGCUUAUGUUACAUUUGGAAAAAAAUCACAAGAACCGGUGAAAGCCACAAACACAAACAGUAAAGCUAAAGGCUCAGAUAAAAGCUCCGAGAAGAGUACCGCUACUCCAAGCAAUAAACCACCAUCUUCUGCAGCAGCACAUUCUGAUAAGCCCGGCCAGGUCGAUAAGAUUAUCAAAGCACUUUGUAAUUCAACUCUUUACAAACCAAGUUGUGAGAAAACUCUUAAAAACGGGGCAAAGACAGCUUCUCCUCUGUCUGAUCCUAGGAGCCUCUUAAAGUCUUCAAUAAAAGCAACCAAUGAAGAUCUAGUGAAAGGUUUCGAAAAGGUUUUGAAACUCAAAACAGGGAACAAAGAUGAAAAAGACGCUUUAGCGCAGUGCAAGUUGCUUGUGGAUGAAGCUAAGGAAGAACUUAACACCUCUAUGAAAAGAAUCAACGACACAAAGGUUAACAGCUUUGCGAAAAUAGCUCCUGAUUUAGACACUUGGUUAAGCGCAGUCAUGUCGCAUCAAGAGACAUGUCUCGAUGGGUUUGAAGAAGGGAAACUCAGAACUGAGAUACGUAAGAACUUCAACUCUUCUCAAAUGAUGACUAGCAACUCUCUGGCGAUGAUCAAGUCUUUAGAUGCAUAUCUUUCUAAGGCUACAAAGGUGAAAACGAGACAUCUUCUUGAAUCAAGAUCGUCUUGGUUAGGCAACAAGGAGAGAAGGAUGUUAAAAGCUGUUGAUGUGAAGGCUUUGAAACCUAAUGCUAUAGUGGCUAAAGAUGGUAGUGGAAAUUUCACAACCAUAAAUGCUGCACUUAAAGCAAUGCCUGCUAAGUACAAAGGAAGAUAUACCAUUUAUAUAAAACAUGGAGUUUAUGAUGAAUCUGUGAUUGUUGACAAGAAGAAAGCUAAUGUUACAAUGGUCGGUGAUGGAUCGCAGAAGACGAUCGUGACGGGAAACAAAAGCCAUGCAAAGAAAGUCCGUACGUUCCUCACAGCCACAUUUGUGGCACAAGGAGAAGGAUUCAUGGCACAUUCCAUGGGGUUCCGGAACACGGCUGGACCUGACAAGCACCAAGCGGUCGCCAUACGUGUCCAAUCCGACCGUUCAGUUUUCCAAAACUGUAGAUUCGAAGGCUACCAAGACACAUUAUACGCAUACACGCACCGACAAUUCUACCGUAGUUGUGUCAUUGUCGGAACAAUAGACUUCAUAUUCGGUGACGCGGCCGCCCUAUUUCAGAACUGUAACAUCUUUAUCAGAAAAGGAGUACAAGGGCAGAAGAACACGGUGACGUCUCAAGGGCGAGUGGACAAGUUUCAGACAACAGGCUUUGUGAUUCAGAACUGUACAAUUGCUCCAAACGAAGAUCUUAAACCUGUUAAAGCUCAGUUCAAAAGCUACUUAGGUCGGCCGUGUAAGAACCAUUCUAGAACAGUUGUGAUGGAGUCCACGAUCGAGGACGUGAUUGAUCCUGUUGGUUGGUUGAGAUGGCAAGAGACGGAUUUCGCUAUUGGUACAUUGCUUUACGCGGAAUACAAAAACGAUGGUCCAAGCGGAAAAACUACUUCUAGGGUUAAAUGGCCUGGAUUUAGGGUUAUAAACAAGGAAGAGGCCAUGAAGUAUACAGUUGGACCAUUCUUACAAGGGGAUCCAUGGAUUCAUGAUAUGGGGUCUCAGGUUAAGUUUGGUCUUUAUGAUGCUUGAUGCUUGCAAGUUUGUUGUCUUGCUUCUUUUCGUUUAAACAUGCGGUGGAGAGUAAAAGUGUAGCUUGGAGUGCAAGGUAAUAGAAUGUGAAUAUAUAGGUGAGGUGAAAGUGAUAUCUACUCAUACAUUUGACAUGAAACAUGUUUAAACUUUAAAGGCGUUUCUUGAUGAAUGAUACUCCUGAUGAUAACAAUGGAUGCAGAUAUAACACAACUUGCAUUGGUGUGGUGAGUGAAUAUCAUUGAUAAUAGUCACUUACUUUUUAAUCUUGGUAGUAAGUGAGAUGAACAUAUAAACUAAUAUGGUAUACCAAAGUUCUUAACUUAUCAAAGAAGCCUUAAAACGCAAAAAAAGAUCAACAUCACCAAAUGAAAAUUGUGCACAAGGGAGAUAAGAAGGUUGCAACCUGCCUAAAUCAUGGAAGCAAGUGAAAUCAUGCAUCGUUGGUUAUUUCUGUUGGUGUGAUUAGAUGAGUAAUAUUAAUAAUAGUCACACCAUUGCUUAAUAUACAAAGGUUGAACCGUAGCUAAAUUGGGCCAAAGCUAUUAACCUAUAGAAGAAGCCUUGUAGUUUUAUAGUUAGUGUCUGUUUUUUUUUUUUGUAUAUUUUGGUAGUAAGUGAAACUAAUAUGCUACCAAGGCUCUUAAAUUAAAUUAUAGAAGCCUUGAAACGCUAAAGGUCAACAACAUCAAAUGAAACUGUGCACAAAUGAGAUCAGAAGGUUGCACAAUCUGACUAUAUCAUGGAAGCAAGUGAAAUCAUGCAUCUUUGAUGAUUUGCAAAGUGAGUAUUUAGUUCCUUCAAUUCGGUUUCUAUCUUGCAUCCCAUUUAUUUUUCCUCAUUCAAAGAGUGCCUCCACAAUCUUUAUAGGCUUUUA